UGGCAGAAGGUUCUCCAUGAUAGCCAGGAAAAUACCAUCGACUGGCUAUCCUACAAGUUCCACAAUUCUUACUGCUAAAGACCCAAGAUCAAGCUCACCUGGUGUGUACCUUGGUCUUCGUGUUAAUAAAACUGCUUUUUCUUUUGGCAGAAUGCUCUAUCAUCAUUUCCCUCUCUUUCACCUGGCACGUCCUUCUGUAUUCAACAAUUUCAUGAGUUGGGAGUGGUCUAUUAGAAGCGCUGCAGAUGGUGACAGGCUAAAUUCUUCCCCUACAGAUGAUAGCAGCAGUGGAACUCGACUUGUUAGGGCUAUCCAAGCCAUUCGGGUCAAGUUAGAAACAAGAAUCAGGGAGUUAAGGAAGAAUUUCCCUAUGAAGUUAUUCUUCUUCUUGGUGGGAUUUUACAGUGCAACCGCCUUUGCCACUGUUAUUGGGCAAACUGGUGACUGGGAUAUUCUAUCUGCUGCAUUAGCCGUUGCUGUAGUGGAGGGAAUUGGAGCUCUCAUGUAUAAAGCUUCUCUGCCUUUGAUUGGCAAGUUGAGGGGCUUAAUCAUCAUGUUUAAUUAUUGGAAAGCUGGACUUUCUCUUGGUCUUUUUCUUGAUUCCUUCAAGUACUAGAUGGGAGACAUCAAACUCUUUAUGAAGCCAGUCGCUUGACAAUUGGACAUAUUUCCACUCAUUGGGUGUUGUCAUUCUUGAUGAGGGCUAUUGAACUGGUUAUGCUCAAACAUAAUGAAUAAUCAGGAAGAUAUUUGGGAAGAUAGCUUGCAACCAACUGCCCUCAUUAUGGAAGGCGCUGAAUCCUGGUGGUAGAACAACUUGUCUGACAGUGUUAAGUGUAGGUCUACGAGUAACGAGACAGUACAUUCUAAUCAGAAUUGUUGAAGUCACGAAUCAGAAGAAUGACGAUUGUAGUUUGCCGUACAUGUGAAUGUCGCCUGUUUUUUCUCUGAAGUAUCAGUUUGGCAUACCUGAGGGACAAUUAUGAUUCACACAUCUGCAAUUUCCUUUCGGGCCAAGACUGAUGGAUUUUCUUUAGCUGGUGACUUCCUCUGCAAAUCAACAUGCAAGGUCCUGUGUGUGGUAGAGAUUUAAUGUCUUAAAGAUGAGUAUUUAUCCUGUGUCAGCCUUGGAAGGAGGCAAUUUUUAACUUUCAAAUCCAGUUUGGCUGGGAUAUGGGAAUUGAGGAGUAUUAUCAACAGCUUAACCAAUUCAUCCUCAGCCUCCAUGCAGAAAGGGUAGUCUAAGCCUAUAAAAUGAAAAAGGUGUAUGACGACAAAAUCCUUCUUUUCUUGUUGAGGUGUACUAUAGACAAUCAUUCAGUGCCGCGUGCAGGAUGCGACCACAGUUUGGUAGCUAGAAGCAGAUGAGCUCUGCCGAGUUCUAAGCUAGUUGUUUGAUUAGGCAUUGAUACUCACAGCAUGGAGGUGAAACAGUAACAGACCAAGAUGACGCUAGUACAGCUUUCAUCCCAUAUGUAAAUCAUAUGAUUUCCAGCAGCAGAGCUGAUAGGAUCUUUUCUGGAACAUACAGUUACAAUAAAACUCGUUCGAUCUCCGCAAUUCUUUAUGUUCA